AUGAAUGUUGCAGAUGUUGAGAUCUCGGUAGAUGACAAGAGGUCAACAAAGUUUUGCACCCUGAAGAAGAAGGCAAUAAAUGCGACCAACAAGUUUAAGCACUCCAUAACCAAGAAAGGUCGUGUGACGUGUGUCUCAAUCGUUGAUGAAAUCGAUACAGAAGAGUUGCAAGCGGUUGAUGCUUUCCGACAAGCUCUUAUCUUAGAGGAGCUACUUCCCUCAAAACACGAUGAUCAUCAUAUGAUGCUUAGGUUCUUGAGGGCAAGAGAGUUUGAUAUCGAAAAGGCCAAGCAAAUGUGGGCUGAUAUGCUUAACUGGAGAAAAGACUUUGGCGCAGACACGAUCAUGGAGGACUUUGAUUUUGAAGAAAUAGAUGAAGUGGUUAAGUACUAUCCACAAGGAUAUCAUGGUGUUGAUAAAGAAGGAAGACCUAUCUAUAUUGAGAGGCUAGGCCUAGUGGAUGUCACAAAGCUGAUGAAAGUGACCACAAUCGAUAAGUACGUGAAGUACCACGUGAAAGAGUUUGAGAAGACUUUCAACGUCAAGUUCCCGGCUUGUUCCAUUGCAGCGAAGAGACAUAUUGAUCAGAGCACAACAAUCUUGGAUGUUCAAGGAGUGGGGCGAAGUAGUUUCAAAAAAGCUGCAAAAGAUCUUCUUCAGAGUAUUCAGAAAAUCGACAACGAUAACUACCCUGAGACACUGAACCAAAUGUUCAUCGUGAAUGGUGGUAUUGUGUUUUGGGGUAUUUGGACGGCUGUUAAACCUUUCCUUUCCCCAAAGACUAGAGACAAGAUUCACCUUCUUAGCAGCAAAGAGCAAAGCAAACUGCUAGAAAUCAUUGACGCCAAUGAACUGCCUGAGUUCUUGGGUGGUAAGUGCACCACCUGCGCAGACAAAGGCGGAUGCAUGCGUUCAGACAAAGGCCCAUGGAACGACCCCGCUAUCUUCAAUUUGGUUCAGAACGGGGAAGGUAGGCGCCCUAGGAAGAAGAACGAAACAGAGAAAUUAGGCGAACCUUUCGAACAAGAAGAAGAGAUCUGCAAGAAUGAGGAGAUCUUCAUCGACAAGAACGUGGACACUACACAGCUCUACAAGGCCAACAACAAUAACAACGUUCCAGAGUCUAAAGAUGUGAUUCCGUUGCUGGAGAGGAAAUGGUACUUAUACGGAGUGGUGAUGGCAUUAUUGAUGUGGAUAGUGGGAGUCAUGAGGCUAACCAAGAAGAACAUGCCUAGUAGAGACCUCACCAAGGCUAAUGUGACGGCGCUGGACGAGACAUUGACGAGGCAACAUGAGAUGAUGUCAUUAAUAGAUAAGAAAAAGAAGAAGAAAAGAAAGUUCUUACUGAAGGGCUGCUUCGGAGGAGUAUAG